CAGCGAGAGUGAACAAGCCUGUAAUAUCCGUAAGGGUACCAUACCUUACCAUACACCUACAUCGGUAAGCUUCGAAGUGUAAAUACAGUAUCAGAAUCCGCAACGCCUGGGACUUCACUCAUGUUCCAUCAUCAAGCCGCUCUGCUUCAAAGCCAUGCGUCCAUCACUCCUUCUCCUCAAAGGGGGAAUAUCAUCAACGGCGGAAUUCUACUCGCAACGGACAACUCUAGCCCCAGUAGCCCACGCCACCUAUAACUUGACCCCGCGAACCAGCUUGCGGCCCGCUCACCAUCGAAACCGGUCUUCUACUUUCAUCAUCCGGCAUCUCACGCGAUUUUCGCCGAGAAACAGCAAAAUGAAUAACAGCAGCAGUCUGCCGCCCAGGUUCUCUACUGGCUCGGAUCCCGCGGCGUUGGAAACCUCACUCGCCCCACUGCUCACGACCAGCGGCGGACGAUGGACGCUCGCCGCCGAGGGAGAGGCGCUUGAGCGGGAGUUCAAGUUCAAGACGUUCGCCAAGACGUGGGACUUCAUGACAGCGGUGGCGCUGCAAUGCAAACUCAAGAACCACCAUCCGGAGUGGUCGAACGUCUUCAACACAACCUUUAUCCGCUGGACGACCCACCACCCGAAGGGCCUUUCUGCCAAAGACAUCGAGCUGGCAGCGAUAUGCGACGCGCUGGCCAAGGACUUUGGCGAGAUCCCCAUUGAGCAGGCCCAGGGACAGCAACAAGGGGCUGAGCAAGGUGAGCAGUCACAACAGGCAUGUGGCUUGUCUGGGCUGGCCAACCGCGCGGUUGGUUCUGCAGGGGAUUGCUGUGUUCCGAAAACAGCCAGGUAACUAUACAU